AUGCCACCUCGUCGCCGAGAUUCGAAAAUGGCAGCAGAGACGCCAUACCCUGUCGUUAAAGAGGACCCCGCCUCGCUGUCCCCACCCCAACAACAACUACUGACUCCACCUUCAUCAACUGUCAAAGUUAAACGUGAAGUUCUGUCCCCGCAGGAGGAGGUAGAAGCCUCUCCUACAGCAGCGAAUAGAUCGAAACGCAAACGCCCGGCCACGCCCGAAGAGAGUGACUUUGAGCCUCUCACACCCGACAAAGCAAGCAAGAAGUCCAAAUACCCCGUCACGCCAGUCAAGAAAUCACGCAAGAAGAAGACGAAGACCCCAGCCGAACUUGCAGCUGCUGCAGAAAAGGCCAGACUGAAAGCCGCGAAUGAGGAGCGGAUAAGGAAAGACAAGCAGGGGAAGACAGAUUGGAAAGAGUGGCUUGCCAAUAACAAAAAUGACGACGACAAGAACUCGCUCGAUGCUAUUGGGAUCCAGUGUCUUACCAAGACUAUGUGCGAGAAACAACUCGGCUUGAAAAAAGAUGACCUGAAGGCUCUGCCGUUCGAGGAGAGACUAAAUCCUAAUGGUGCCUCUUACGCGGCAAUGCGACUAUACAGCUACUCCGAUGCGCUCCGUCUUGCUUGUAGGAAGGAGGCAAUUCUGGCAGGUUAUUCUCAGGACAACGAGGAAACCUUGAUAAAAAUUGGGCGAGAACUGCUGCAAGAAAAGAAAGGAAAUAUCCCACCGCAUUACGCGAUAAUGAGGAUGGCUAGGACACGUAAACAGCGCGGGGGAGGGCCAGACUCAACCUCAGACUCAGAGGUCGUUUCCAACCCUGGCGAGAACAACAUACCAUCUAUUGAAUAUCUCAUGACACAUCCUGAGUCAGAGUGGGGAUGUGGUCCGAAAGAAUACAAGGGAAAGUAG